AUUUUGCUUUAUUCCUAGCACUUGUGGUAGCUGUUCUGCGCUUCAUACAACUGAAACCAAAGGUUUUAAACCCAUGGCUGAAUAUUAGUGGAUUGGUGGCGCUGUGCCUGGCUUCCUUUGGAAUGACCUUACUUGGUAAUUUUCAGCUCACAAAUGAUGAAGAAAUCCACAAUGUGGGAACAUCCUUGACCUUUGGAUUUGGCACAUUGACCUGCUGGAUCCAGGCUGCGCUGACUCUCAAAGUCAACAUCAAGAAUGAAGGACGGAAGGUUGGAAUUCCACGAGUUAUUCUGUCAGCAUCUAUCACUCUCUGUGUAGUCCUCUACUUCAUCCUCAUGGCUCAAGACAUCCACAUGUAUGCAGCCAGGGUCCAGUGGGGCCUGGUCAUGUGCUUCCUGUCUUACUUUGGUACCUUUGCCGUGGAGUUCCGGCAUUACCGCUACGAAAUUGUGUGUUCUGAGUACCAGGAGAAUUUCCUCAGCUUCUCAGAAAGUCUAUCAGAAGCUUCUGAAUACCAAACCGACCAGGUGUAACCUAUCUUUUAUCUUUCUGCUGAGGUGGGUGUGACAAUGGGGGAGGGGUCAGGCACACUCACAGGACUUGACACACAACCUCAUGACAUGUUGUACAACACACACACACACACACACACACUCACAGCCACAUUUGCCAAAUGAGCUUUUCAGGGCGAGUUAUUUCUUUAAUGAAAAAGCACAAGCCCUUAUGUGUCAAAAUACACGCUGUUACACUGAAAAUAUAUGCACGACAGAGCCAGAAGCUUGUGCAUGGUCACCUCUCCAUCCCCACCCCUCCCAGUAUGCCUUGCUCUUUUCAUCCUCUUCACAUUUCAAACAUGGUCUCCCUACUACAGAGUAGGGUGGGCCAAAUGUAACAUGAAAAGAAUGCCAACUCCCUAAGUUGCCUUCAGGUCCAAAGGGCUUGGAACUAGCUCACAAGGAGUUGUGAAUUUAGCACUCACACCUUGAAUGGAUAAUCAAGCAUCACCUGAUUGGAUGGAUGCUGUUUGGAAAUGUGACCCCGGGUAGCCCGUGAAAAAGCAUGGACAGAA